AUUUCCAGAGUCCAAAUCCAAAGGCAUUCCUAUUAAAUCUUAGAGACUAGUGUUUUCUUUUACUUGUAAUUUGUCUCUGCCACUCCGUGUCAAUCCACCCAUUUUCUUACAGUAUAGGUUUUUCCCUUAUAACAUCAGCUUCAAUCCAGCCUAGAGAGUAUAUCUUUAUUCUCCUAGUAUUGGUGCACCCACGGCUUAGAGAACUGUGUAUUUCUUUAGAUGUCUUAGGGUUUCACAGUAGCAAGGAGCUUGUGGAAAACAAUAGAGAAAUUUUUUAUAUGUGAUUAUUCAGCUUGUCCGCUAAGUAUCUCAACCAAAAAUUUCUCUGACUGGCCAUGGGUCCUUCUUGUAAUUGUUGUUGGUGCUGGAAAAGAAAGCCCACAGAAAGGGCACCACCAAAUCCUUCUGUAAGUCCCUGCACAUCCCCAUCACAAGAUCUAGUCACUACUUCCAUAAACCCAUCAACAGAUUCUCCUAAUCGACUUCAGAUUGUGAUCUCCUCCACACAGCCAUCAUCCACAGCACCACACCCACCUUCUACUUCCAAAAAGCCACUACCCACGCUCCAAGAAGUUAUCAGCAGUUUCCAAAAAAUCGACAUUGAAAGCCAGGGAGAUGAUUUUAUCAAAGCCAUUGAAGAUUUCUUAAGGACGGCCCAAAAGCCUACAACAGAUACUCCAUCUACAAGUUCUCCUCAUACAGACAAGCUCUCAAACUGGGCUUCCAUUAUCCAGAGCGGAGGAAAUUUUUUAAAAUUUAUUAAUGAUCAUACAGAGAAAAUAAAAAUCGACAGUAAGGAUAGCUCUUUUCAGUUUGGAGAAGCAACAAAAAUUGUAGGAAAUAUACUUGAGCAAAUUGGGCAGCUGCAUUGGGCAGUUGCAGGGCUAUCCAUGGUAGGCUAUCUAGUCUCAAAAUGUGCAAAAGUAUCCGAAAACAGGAAUGAAUGUGUAGAGCUCUUGCAACAAAUGAUCAACCUUGUAUCUCAUAUUACAAAGUUAAACAUUUCUAUAAAAGAACAAAAGGUGAGAUUUGAAAGAGCUUUUCAAUACAUUAUAGAAGGAUCUCUAAGUUGCGCAUCCCAACAACAAUCGGGAAAAAUUUUCAGCUUCUUGAAAUCAAGUGUAAACUCUGAGAAAUUGAGGGGUAUUCGCACCAAGAUAAUUGGGCUCUAUACGGAUCUGAAUUUGACGGCUACAACAAAGGUUCUUGAUGAAACAUUACAGCAAAAGAUGGUCACAAAAGAAAUAUUAAGGCAGAAGACGGUUAGAAAAGAAAUAUUACCACAAGUCUUUCCGGAGGGCACAGUUGGAAUCGAAGGUCAAGAGAAAGCAGUAAAUGAGCUCCUCGACAUGGAAAAAAUGGAAGAUUGCUCAUCUUUUGCCGUUGUUAUUUGGGGUUUGGGUGGCAUUGGAAAGACAACACUUGCGAAAGCUGUUGUCUCCACUGUAGACAGAAACCGUUACAAUUAUGCCAGAAUUGAAUUAGAUUUGGAUUCUGGAAAAAAUAACUAUAAAGAAAUGCAGCAACAAAUUUUGAAGGAUGCCUUUCCAAGCUAUGAGGAGGGAAGAAAAAUAGAUUUGAGAAAUGAUGAAGAUGGUAGAGAGCACUUAACUCAGGCCUAUAAAAGUGGAGCAGAAAAGCCUGUGUUUUUAUAUAUUGAUAAUGCUCUGCACAUAAAAGACUUGGAGAAAAUUCUGCCGGAAAACUUGCGAGGUCUUCCCCAGAAUAGCAGAAUUCUUGUUACGACCAGAAUCCUCAAGGAAACAGAUGUGCUUCAGGAACGUGGUCUUCAACGCAAGGACUAUCCUGUCAAAACUGUCUCUCACGAUCACGCGCUCACAAUUCUGUGCAAUGACCCUACAAUCCGUCAUGGUUAUAAAGAUGAUCUAAAAGAGAUUGUCAAGCUCUGCAACGGUAUUCCGUUGGUUCUGAAAAUUGUUGGUGCACAUUUGCAAAAGCAGGAAUAUAAAGCAGAUCGUUGUACACAGAUACUUGAAGCUUUACAUAGAGGACAAAAAAUCAAAGAAAAGGACCUCAGCAACUGUUUGUUUGACUUUGUAUAUAGCAAGUUGGAGGAGUCUACUCAAGAGGCAUUCUUAGACAUCUGCUGUUUCUUUCACAAUGUGAUUCGUCGACAUGUAGAGUACAUAGUGGGGGCUGAGGAAGUCGCAUUCCUUGUCGAUGCAGCAUUGAUCACGAUAUUAUUCGAUCAAUAGGGUGCACUAUGUCAAAGUCGAGUAGAAUUACGGAUGACGAUUCGUGGUUUGAAGCUGAAAAGGAUGAGGCCAAGAUGAAAGGAAUUAAGGGAAUCGAGCUUGAAAAUAAAGAUCGCAUGCUUGAGAAGAGACACCUUCGUUCGAUGAAGGAUACAUUAAGAAUUCUCUUCUGGGAGGGUAGUAUAGAUGUUCACGCGACAGACGCAGUGGCACUGCCAGAGUUAAGAUUUAUUGGAGCAAGUUCUAAUAUUUGUGGGCUGAAUGUAGAAACACUUAAAAAAUUGCGUUUUUUGGGAUUUCGCGAGCUUUCCAUUAAAGAGGGGGAUCAUCUGAAGGCAAGUCCUCAAUACAAUAAAAUACAUUUUUCUAUUCUAUUUUAACUUAUGUUUUCAAUUGUUUUACUCAGUUUAAGUUCUGACAACGAAAUAGUAACUCUGCAGUUACCUGAAAAUUUGUUGCUUAUAGAUGCUGACAUUGAAGCGCAGCACUUAUCAAAAAUAGUGCCAAAUUCCUCCUUGGAAGAAGUAUAUCUAUCUUUUAAAGGAGGUGAAACGCAGGAGUUAAUGCCAAGUUCAGGAGGAGAGUCCUGUGAUGAAGAAAUAGAUUCCUCUAAUAAAGAACGAGAGUCCUUCAAUGAAAAACAUAAUAAGAGCAUAAAUGCAUUUAACAAAUUUCUUCAGGGUCUAAAUAAGUUGAAGCAUUUGAGUUUCACAAAUUGCGGGUUUUUAUGUGAGUUUCCAGAGCAAGUGUGUAGGUUACCGCAGUUGGCUACACUCAGAAUUGAGGGCUGUGAUGAAUUGGAGUAUCUGCCAGAAUCAUUUGGCCAGCUUACAACUCUAAGAAGAUUGGAGUUAAGGGGGUGUAGAAGUUUGAAAGAAUUGCCUUUCACUUUUAGCAAUCUCAAAUCUCUUGAAUAUCUACUUUUAUUGAAUUGUGAUAAUUUAGAAUCAGAUAUUUGUCAGAAAGAUGAAAACAUCAAAAUAGUAAAGAAAAGUGAGCAUAACUGCAGCAAUUGUCACAAGGACAAAAAACUAUGGGUUAUAGAAAUAUAAAUUUUCAUUUUCAAGUUAAAAAAUUUAAUUUAUUUUUA